AGAUGCUCAGCCUUAAACUCUGAUGUCUCUUGCUCAAAGUGGGAAACCUGACAGGUCACUGGAAGGACUGGAGACAUUUAGCGGCUUGGAAGAGCUGAUCUUGGACAACAAUCUUCUCGGGAAUGACCUCCGGUUACCCACGUUACCAAACCUCCAUACCCUGAUGCUCAACAAGAACCAAAUAUCAGAGCUGGAGACCCUGCUGGAUCAUUUGGUUGAAGUAGUGCCCGCCUUGGAGUACUUGAGCUUGCUGGGAAAUACAGCAUGCCCAAAUGAACUGGUCUGCAAAGACAAGGAUGAGGGAGACUACCAAAGGUACAGGUACUUCGUUCUGCACAAAUUAACGAACUUGAAGUUUCUGGAUUCUCGGAAAGUAAGCAGAAGUGAACGUGAGGAAGCGAUACUGAGGGGUGCCUUUAUGAAAGUGGUGAAGCCCAUGAAUACUAAGGUUUCAACUGAUGGUGCCUCCAUUUCUCCUCAGAUACACUAUACACCACUGCCAUCUGGAUCAAGGGACCUCACAAACCACAGAGGUGUCCUAGGAAAAUGUCGUUACAUUUACUACGGGAAGCAUUCUGAAGGCAACCGAUUCAUACGUGAUGACCAGCUCUGAGGCAAACUGUGCAUCUGCAAAACUAUCCAUAUAGGCACACACACAGAGGGAAAAGCACGAAUUGCAUCUAUGUCUCUUUCUUUUAAAGCAUGUGUAAACCAAAAGUCCUCCAGUACCUUCUGCUGACUUUGCCAGACCUGUCAAAAUCAUCCUUCUGCUUUAGCCUGAGUAGUCACAUAGAGAUUGACGUGAUUGCCUCUAAGCAGGUCCCAUCCACCAGUGUGACAGACAGCUGCAGCGAAGCACCAGGCCUGACAGGAAGAACACCAUGAUGGAUUGCCUGGCCCAAUUGCUGCACACAGAAGAGCAAAGGUCACACCUGGGGCCUCACUGAGCAUGCUCAGCUGCUUUUAACAAAAGCAACCCUUAUCUGCAGCUUGCCUGUUGAGUGAGAAAGCUAUACAUUUAUAUAUAUUAAAAAAAAUUGGCUGCAGUUUGAGAUUUUCAAAAAGCAGCAUCUUCUUAUCUAUCUUCAUUUUUCUCAGGAAUUAAGUGCUUAAUGUGGACACACAAAGUAGACAUGUCACAAAUUGAGCAUUGGGGUUUUGGUGUCUCUUUCUGGAAAAAAAUAGCAAAAGUUGUUAGAAGUAUGAUUUAAGUUUAAAUGCUGGAAGAGGAAAAAUUACUUGAUAAAGGCCAGGAGUGUUUCUGUCUUAUUCCUGGCUAUGUUGGGCAGGAUAUUGUUUCAAAGGGGUUCUUUUGCACGUUUGUACGCACACAUACAUACAAAUCAGGAACCUUGGAAGAAUGGAGAAAGUAUGCAGAGAGCUGCUGAGAGAUAUUAAUUUUUGGAAAGGAGAAGAGACAAAGUAGUCUAAUUGCUCUCCUUAACAUUAAUUCUUGGAAAUCAGAAUCACAUAAUUUGUUAGUACAUACGUCAGCAGAAUUGGUAGUCUUGUUGUUAAUUACCUAUCAGUAUAUGUGUGCAAAUGAAACAAAGCCAAUCUCUAGCUAACUGGAAUAAGCCUCCUUUUAUGAAAGACCUUCUUGGAUGGUAUUUUCAGAGGGAACGAAUAACAUCCUUAAAUAUCAAAUCACUAGCAGCUUGUGCUUGUUUUGAUGACCACUUGAGGGCAUGUGAAGUAUUUUGUGGAAUGGAUUGGUGGUCUCCGGCCAGAAGUAGCUACUGUGACAGAUAUGGGGCUGCCAUGUUUCCUGCUUUGUAAAGUCUAGAAAGGCCAUCUCUGUCUUGUGAAAUCAUUGGACUCUCCAUUGUCUUAUUCCGGCUCUAAUGUGUUGAUUGCUGCUUGUGGUGGAGCAGAAUGAACUUCAUAUCACGUAUAUUGUAUUACUAGAAGUUACCAGUGGAGAAAGAGGAGGGAGAAGAGAAGUGGGGCUGCUGCUUAUAAUGACAGUCUUACAUCUGCUGUCACUUCUAGUUCUGUCUUCACUUCAGUUCCUAGGUUACAGAAAAGUGCUUUGUGUGGUAUAAUGUGAGGGGUGCAGUUGACUCCGCUUGAAUUAACCAGUUAGCCUAAUGUUUAUAUUUAAAAACAGUGUUAUAUAGUGAAUCACAGUCCCCUUGCUGAUGACCAGCUGCAGCUAUUUGUCCCACAAGCAUCUGACCUCAAUUAUCCAUGUGCAUCUGUAUAUGAAGUGUGGAUUGACCUCUGGCAUUACAAGUGUUCAGAACUGAGCUGUGGUCACUGUAAUCUGCCUUAUGAUGGUAUUAGAAGCAAUCACUUUAGCGCACUGCAACUUUAUCCCCCUUUAGUUUCCAUGUAGAAAAAUCCACAUGAAAUUGGUCAAGCAAAAGAUCCAACCCAUGUUGUAACUGGGAGUCAAUGUAAGUUUUUAAAAAAAACUAUUUAGGAUACAAAUAUGCAACUUCUGCAGUGCCUUUCCAUCAGGGCCAAAAUAUGCACUCGUGACCUUCCUUGCAUUUUUUACAGAAAAGUUUCCAUGCACUUGAUGUAGGCAAAUAUUCAUAUGAGAACUCGUCAUCAUGAGUUGACUGGAAAGGGAAUGCCUUGCGAGGAAUCAAAAACAGCCCAGAGGAACCCACUCUAAGAAACUAUUGAUUUACUAAAUUCUGAUUCAAAAUGCUUAAACUAGAGGAUUGGAGAGAUGGCAUUGGUAUGACAUCCGUACUUAUACAAAGGGGUUUGGGGUUUUUUUUGAGAGGGGGAGAUGUUUCUAACCUAUUUUGCCAAAACCAACCACAAGCUGCAAUCCAUGCUCAUCUACAUUUGACUAGCUGUUUUGAAGCAUAAGUAUGUGUUUUGACCCUGGUAGUGGAGUUCAAUGCACGGGUGUUUGCAAUAAACUUGUGUAACUUUCAGUCUGGUUGGAUAUCUCUUCUUGUCUAUAUCAAGGGCUUUUUAAACCCUAUCUCAGAUAAUAAAAUGCACUUGCAAACUGAA